GCGAAGGAUUCGGUUGUUUUUCAUGCACACACUUUAAAUAUGCUUAAUUUUUCUAUUAUUGAAAUGAGUAAAAUAUGACAGAGAUAGAGGUCAAAUCAAGUUAAAGACCAGCCCACCUUCGGCCCACUUUCCUUACCUAACCUUUAUUUUUUUAUGCCCAAGUGCGUAGCCCCCGAGCUUCCCUUUACUUUAUAUAUGCUACACUGGACUCUGGGGUCUAGUUAGAAUUCAUUCGCUGACAGAAUCGCCAUUGGAGAUGGAUGUGGAGGAAGCAAAGCCGGUGCCACGAGUAGGGGUGGUGGUUUUCGUGUUGAAGGGAAAAUCGGUCCUGUUGCGGCGGCGCUCCUCAAUCGGUGCUUCUACCUUCGCUCUCCCCGGCGGCCACCUCGAGUUUGGGGAGAGCUUCGAAGAGUGCGGAGCCAGAGAGCUGAAGGAGGAGACGGGUCUGGAAAUAGGGAAAGCAGAGUACAUAACAGUGACCAAUAACCUCUUCCUGGACCAACCCAAACCCGCCCAUUACGUCACCAUCUUUCUGCGUGCAGUGUUAGCGGAUCCCAUCACUUCCACAAAACGGCCAAACAAGUGCGAUGGUUGGGACUGGUACGAGUGGGAUAAGGAUAAGCUGCCCCAACCUUUGUUCUGGCCGCUGGAUCAAAUGGUACGAAGCGGCUUCAACCCCUUUCCAUGAAUUCCCCCUCAUUACUAACUUGUUUCUAUCACUCUAUGCAUUCACAUAAUCUGCUGAUCCCCCCUUAUCAACCUUCGUUUCCACUGCACUUCUAUCUGUAACGUUUUGGUUUCUC